CAUGCAUGCCCAAGUCGAGGACGGAUGAAUGGCUCCGGAUUGGCACGGCGUGUUCGCGAACGCAGUCGUAGUCCUACGGCCGUGGGCGUUAUGAUUGGCGUGCGACCCUGCAACGAGGGACUACCGGCAACUUGGAUGCUGCCCAAGGUGCUAUAAUCUUGGAAGAUCCAUGUACAGGUGAAUUAUGAGCGGAUACGACCCAAUCCAUGGUGAGGCGUGUUGUAGAGCGGCACAUUGACGUUAAGAAGAUGGAUGUUAUGGAAACGGGCUUCGCGUACCUAGUACGUCAUACCCGUCAGACCGCGGGGGAAAUCUUGCAAGCGAAGAAGUUGGAAAAACAUCAUGUUGCCCCUUGCCUCACGCCGGACGCCUUGUUCAAGAACCAAGAAAGCAUUCUCUUGCUCAGCCCAAGCACGUCCCCGUGUACUUGACCUGCGAAAUUAACUUGUUCGAGCUUCGAGAAGCAGCCUGCCAAGCGGUCGACCCCAACAAGCCCCCUCCAUCUCCAUCCAUCUUACGGGAACUUUACAACACCCACCGCUCCUAAAUCACAUCACCUCAGCUCCCCGCGAGCCGUUUGCCUCGACCCGGCCCCUCGUCUGUACUCAACCUGUAUUUUUAUAGCAUCAGUAGACAACCGACUUUUUUCUGACCGGCGCGGACGCCAAACCGUUGCCCAACAUGACUACCCACGUCGUUUCCCU